UUGCGAAUGAUAAAACGCUAUUUAGACCUUUAAACUCGUAAAUGUGAUACAUUUAAAAAAUAUUUUUUAAUUUUAAAACAAUUGUAAUCAUGAACGGAUUUCCUCUUGAGGAGAUCACUUUUUUCAAAAGUUAUGCCGAAACUGAUCGGGAAAAGGUCAGACGCCAGGAAGAACGGAAUCAAAUGAUAAAAGAUAUGAUCGAGGAAAUUCGAUUGGAAAAAUUAAAUAGUGAAAUUCAAGUGGAUUUAGAGGAACAGCAAAACGCAAUUAGAAGGAUUCAACUAGAAGAAACUUUACUUCUUAUUGCACAAAAUACAAAAUCUUAUGAGGAUUAUGUGUUGAAAGAGAAAGAACUGGAAAACUGGCAGCAGUAUAUGAUUUGUGAUGGACUUCCUGAUCCGGGAAUUUUGUCUGAAUUAAAUACCUUUGUAUAUUUAUGGUCUUUGGAUGAUGAAAAUGCGAGGAUGGAAACGAUUUCCAAACAUUGUGAAAUAAUUAUUUAUCUUUUGUCAAAAUUAGAAGAUAAAAUCAAAUUUUCAACAGGGAAAUCUACAAUUUAUGUGAAUGACUGCAAAACAAUUCGUCAAGAACUUCGAAAUAAACUUCAGUCUUGGAUAGACGCAGCUACUUACAAACUUCUGCGACAUAUAGAGAAAGACAUGUUAAGAAUGGAUUUGAGAAAUGCUCGAUUUAUUCAAAAAUCAAUUGAUCUUGUCUGCUGCAUCUGGGCUCUAAUUCGUUUGCCUAUAACAAUCAAACAAAUUCCUGAAAAAGACAGAAAACCAAUAGAGGUAAAUUUCGAUGAGGUCAACUUGACCAUAAAAAUGCCACCUGAUAUAGAUUGCUAUGCAAUGGCUAUUAGAGGACUUUGGUUAAACUAUGAUCAUUAUUCUGAUUUGGGCACAUCAUACACUAUUCCCAAUAUUCCUGAGAAAUGUCAGAUGAACAUGGAUCUACUGAAAUACUGUGAAAGUGAAUUUAAUACGAAGAAUAAAAUACGAAAAGAUCAAAAAGAAGGUCGUCAAUUAAGAUUAGAGGAGAAAAAAAUGCUUCUUGAGAAAUUGACCAAUCCACCACCACCAACUCAAAUAAUAAAAUCCGAGAAAAAAAACAAAAAUGGAAAAAAAAUAGAUUUUCAAAAAUCUCAAAAGAAAUUAGAACGGGAACUUGAGCCAGAGCCUCUUCCUUAUUUACCAACUCCUGAUGAAAUUAUAAUUCAAAAUGAAGUUGAGGUUAGGGAAGAAUUGCGACAAGCUUUGUUUACCAGAUGUGAAAAAACUGAGAUAAAUCUUCGAAAAUACGUAAUAUUAGGAGGAAUUUAUCAUAUCGAUUUACUUUAUCAACCACCUCAACCGAAGGAUAUGAGAAGGGAUAUUUUCCUUACAACUUUACAAAUUCCCAAGAAAUUAAGAUUUGUACCAUUCUCAAAACCUUAUAAAGCUCCUCCAUCAGCUCCAGAAUCGGAAAGAACUCCAGAAGUAAUAGAAGCGGAAAUGAAAGCUUUAGAAGCUGCGAUGGAAGCCCUUGCUCUAAUUACAUUAAAACUUCCUGAUUCAGUUCUUUGGUUUGAACCGCCAUUAGUUGCACAUUGGAUACCGGAAAAAAGAAUCUGGUCUACCAAUGAUGUUCAUGAUAUAAAAUAUAACGAAGAAAAACAAAUAAUAACAUUCAGAACUGGCAGAUUAGGAAUUCAUGGACUGGCAGCAUUUAGAUUUGUUAAUUUACCAUUUCAAAGUUGGGAAAUGAAACCAGAAUCUGGAAAAAGUACAGGUGGUGGUGUAAUUUUAAGUGUGACUGCUGCCAUUAUUCAAGCUGAAUUUAUAGUCAGGGAAGACUUGGUUUGUUUACACUCUCUGGUUGGAGGAAAUACCAAUGCUUUACAAAAUAUUGUUAACCAAUACAUGAAACUUCAUUUGUUAAUUAAAAAAAUGCGGAAUGGUGGAUGCGACCUCUUUCCGGAAGAUGACGCGUACAGUUACGUCAAAGGAUUACCGAUUAAACAUCCAGUUAUUGAAAAACAUUUGCAAGCAUGUAUGGGAUUAUUGUGUACCGCAUAUUCAUUCGCAUGGUCCCGAUGGAACGCAACUCGCGUCCCUCGACAAAUUGUCAUUCAGAUCAAGGAGUUGCAUGGUUGUAUUGCUAAGCAGCAAACAAAUAUGACCUUGUUAGUAACUCCAGUUCAAACAGUGGCAGUUGAAUGUACGGAAGUCAGUCCAGAGUUCACUGAUAAACCAGUGGAAGGUGAUGAUGCAAAGUUUUAUUCUGAUCUUUAUCAUAUGGCCUUACACAAUGCUGGAAUCAAAAGUCGCAUUCUAAUGAAGAAUACGUCUUUCAUACUCGCUCGAACGGUCACCAAACUAUUACAAAAGACUAAUGUUAUUAGUAUGUCUUCUUGACACACGGAAGUCAAUGUUUAUCUCAAUCAAAUAAUAGAUUACUUCAUUCUUAGUUAAACAUUAUAUAAUAAUCAUUUUUUUAUAAAUUUAAAUUUUCCUAAAUUUAGAAACAGAUUCAAAAGUCUUUAAAACAAUCCACCACCGCAUUAAGUAUUUAAAUUAAUCAACAUAAAUAGUUUUCAAAUGUGAUAUUUUUAUUAAGAAAAUUUAUUUCAACAUACUAUAAUGUGGAUUAAUAUUAAAUGAAACAAGGCGAGUUUUCAAUCAAUUUACUGAUUCAAAUUUAGAAAGUGUCAAUCAUGUCGUUUACUUCAAAGAAGAAAUAUUACUUUUAAUUCAAUGCAAAAGGUCAUGAAAAAUAAGGUACUCUUUGAUGUCGAUUGGUGGAACGUUAUUGGAAAUCAGUUCUUUUCAAUGUUGGCUAUUUUUUGAUACACCAGAUUCACUUUGCGUGAUCGAUUCAUCAUUUCAUAUAAACAUAUGCAGAUAUAUUGUAUUUGUAUUCGAGUAGUAACUUCGGCACUCAUCUAUUGAAUGUAUCGGAAGUUGCAUCGAAUACAGGAAAAGACGACACACCAGACUGCACCUGAAUUGCAUUUUAUAUUGAAGCGAAAAAAGAAGGGUAAGGGAAAUAUAAAUACAUACGUGAAUCUUUAUACAAAAUGCCUUAACAAUCAAGAAAAUGAUUGUUGUGCAUUCUUUAGAAAAUACAGCAACAAUAUAUCAAAUACUUGAAACUACACAGGCACACAAAAAAUAAAAAGUUGUUUGGCCGAGACACUACACUAGUCUAUUUUCAUGUAUUUUUUCACGCUGAAUCCGAAUCCGAAGUCAGAAUUAUCAGAUUGGCUCUUAUUUUUGAGAUAAAC